AUCGCAUCGCGUCACACGAGCUAUUCCAACCAAGAAAUACAUACCACUACAUCAUAUUAUUGCACAGCAGUGGCAAAUAAUAAACUAUGGACCACGAAAUCCCCCUCCCCCCACCACCGCGCAUCCGCCAUCGCGACCCCUCCAACAACAAUAACAACAAUAGUAAUAACAACAAUAAUGACACCCGUCACGCGACCCGCCAUGCUCACCACCACCGUCUCCCCUCGCGCUUCAUUGACGACCGCUCCAGUCAACCUUCCAGUGACCCGGCACUCUUCUCCAGCGAUGACAUCCCCGCCUCGGGUCUAGAAAACUACAAUAAUGCGCCUGUCAGUCGGAAGCGCCGGUACCGCGGCACCUGGUGGGGAGAGAUGGUGAAGGACAAGGACGCGAAGCGCAAGCGGGCGGAUUUCAAGGAGAAGCGGUUGGUGGAUAGUGGUGUGUGGAUGGGGAGUGAUGAUUAUGAUUCUGGUCCGGGAUCAGGGUUCUUGCCUUCUGAUGCGGAUUUGGGAGAGGAUUGGUUGAAUUCGCAUGCGAAUGGAGGUACAAAGACGGUGAUGCCGCAGAACCAGACUCAACAACAAGGAUUCAGGAAAGUCGAAGAAGAACCGCGCGAGCAUCAAGUCGCACGGGGGAUCGUGAACGAUUGUCUCGAGAGAGGAGAGGAUAGUGUUGACCUGAGUGGCCUCACACUCCGCCUCAUCCCCCAUAACCUCCUCCACCCCCUCCAACACCUCACCAAGCUCCCCACCAUCAAAGAGCCCCCCAUCAGCGAAGACGUCUAUACCUCCCUGCAACCCUUCCUCCGCCUCUUCCUCGCCGGCAACGCCCUAACCCAAGUCCCCGGUCAAAUCUUCGACCUCGACUCCCUCCGCGUCCUCAGUCUCCGCUACAACAAACUCACCUCCAUCCCCGCAGCCAUCCGCCGCCUCACUCUCCUCCAGGAACUCAACCUCUCCGUGAACCGUCUCCCCACUCUCCCCUGGGAACUCCUCUUCCUGAUCCGCAAAGGCGACCUCAAACACCUCACCGUCCGCCCUAACCCCCUCCUCCAAAUCGAAGACCAACCCAUCGCCAAAUGGCACGUCCCCAGCGACGACGACGAAGAAGAAGAAGAAGAAGAAGAAGAAGAAGAAGAAGAAACCCAACAGUUACCCUGCCUGAAAUCAAUCACCUACGACGGCCCACCACCCGAGGAAGCAUGGGCACCCAUCCACGUCGCCACGGGCCCAAUCACAUAUUACAACGCCGAAGGCAUCCCAAUCCCAGUCCCUACUACUGAACAAACCCCCACAAUAAAUCAAACCUCCCGCGUGCCCUCCCUCCGCGAAAUCUCCCUCCUAUCAUUCACCCGCUCAACAUAUCCGGACCUGAUCACUGACGAAGAAAUGGAGAAUUUCCCGGCCCUAAUGACCCGCUUACUCCGACAAGCGAAGGAAGUUCGUAGCGCGGGAGGGCGGAAUUGUUCCUUGUGUCAUCGGGGAUUCGUCCUCGCGCGGACGGAGUGGAUCGAGUGGUGGGAUGUGAGUACGUAUGAGAAUGGGUUGAAGGGGCCGAGAGCGUCUGGGGAGGUGUUGAGGCCGUUGCCGUUUAGGAGGGUUGGGUGUAGUUGGGGGUGUGUGCCGGAUUUGAUGUCGUGAUGGGGGGGAAGUAUGUAUAGUUAGUUAGUUAAUAGUUACUGAAGUUGUUGUGUGUGUGGGUAUGUAUGGAUGGAUGGAUGGG